AUGACUCAAUCACUGCUUUUAUUUCCACAUAAUGUACUUGAAUUUCGAGAUGCUGCCUUUUUUGAUUUGGUUGGUCAGUUUUGUGGUGAAGAUAUUGUAGAAUAUUUACAACUACUUCGUGUUCGUUCAGUUCGUUCACUCCUUGAUAUUAAUGAUAUUUUCUUACCAUUACAGCAAGAUUAUGUUGAAUUAGCUAUUGUCAAGAAGAAAUUAGCAUUUUGUCGUUCUGAUGGUAGUUGUACAAUCAAGAUUGGAAUCCGGCACGACGUUGAUAAAUUAUUGAACAGCCUUCGAAAUGCAUCAAUUAAUAAUGGACAAAUGACAACUGCUGUUACUGAUGAAAACGACUUAAUAAUACCAUUCGAGAUUUUACAACAAUAUCCAUUUCUCAAUGGUUUAAUCAACUUCUUCAUCACAUCUUCUCAAAAUUCUCAUCCAACUGAUAAACCUUUUCUACAUUACUUCCUUGAAAACCUUCUUUCAAAUUUAACUGUUGCCGAAAGUCGAUAUCGUUAUAAUGAACAAGUACUUGAUUUCGCUGUCUGCUUAUUUAUUUUAGCAGACCGCAACGCAUAUGAAUUUUUACGUAUUAAUAUACCUGGUACAUUACCCAGCUUAAUCACAAUUCGAGCAAAAUUAUCCACAGCAGGAUUUCGUGCAUUAGAAGGUGAAUUCCGCUACGAUGAUAUGAAUAAAUAUAUGGAUGAAAUUAAUUCAAAAUUUGCAUUUUGUAGUGAAGAUUGUACCAAUUUACAAAGUUGGUUUGAAGAAAAAGAAAUGUCUCAUUUACUUAAUUUACAUAUGAUCCAGCCAAUAUGUAUUAAUAAUCAAAUUAGUCCUUCUUUUGCAUUAGCUGCAUAUGGAACAAAUGGAAAAUACACUGCCCUUGAUAUUAUUCGUCGUUGGUAUACAAUUUUUGAAGAAAGUUCAUCACGAGGUAUACGGAUCGUAGGAUAUUCAACGGACACUGAUCCAAAGUAUUUAUUAGCCAUGAUGCUGGUUUCUGGUUUUUUUGGUGUCUUAAUCAAUAACCCAAAAUCAAAACACUCUUCAUUACCAAAGGUUGCUAUACCAACUUCUUGGUCGUGGUUUUAUUUACCAGGUGAACAGUUAUUCUUAUUCAUGCAAGAUGCAACUCACGUUUGCACCAAACUUCGUAAUCGACUUUUACAAUCUUCAGCUAUUAUGAUGAUGGGUGAAAAUGUAAUUAGUAUUGAUUAUUUAUUGCAACUUAUUGAAUCACAAUCGAAAUUCAAGCACAAUUUGGUCAAGUCGGACAUCUGUCCUCGUGACAAACAAAAUUAUAGAUCGUGCGAAAAGUUAUGUGCUGCAUUAGAAUAUUUAAAAGAAAUUAGUGGUUCGGAUGCUACAGUCGUAUAUAUCAAUAUUAUUCGUUGUGUAAUUAUAGCAUUCAUUGAUACAUCAACAACAACUUCUGACCGGAUAUAUCACGCCUGGUUAGCCGUGUUCCUAUGUCGACUGUGGCGUACAUGGCUUGAUUUGAUACCCAAACGACAAUUAGAUAAACCUCAAACAAAUUCAUCAUUAACAACUACUACAUUUAAAUUUUCUAGUCAUCACAAGACACAACGAAAUUCAAAACAAUCAACAAUUCAACCAGAAAAAAUUACCAAGCAACAAAUUGAAGAACAAGUGGGUCGUGCGUUCAGCGAUGCUUUUAAUCUUUUAGUUCCAUUGGGCAUCAAACAAGUAUUUACACAAUCAAUCGAUGUUACUAUGAAACAAGUUAGUGAACAUAUAUACAAUCAUUUAAAAAAGUCUUCAACAAAAGCAGAUUUUCUAAUUCCAACAUCAAUUGAUGAACAAAAUGCUCAAUCGGACUCAGAUUCUGAAGGAAGUAUUACGGAGGAAGAUGAACAGAACGAUCAAAACGAAAUGGAUAUAUAUGAUGAUGAGGAGGAUUACGAUGGUAUCGAUGAAGACAACGACGAUAUCUUAACAUCACAAACAACAAAUAAUCGUUUACCGACUAUGAAAGGAGUUCGUAAUACCAUUAAUCCAGAUCUGAAAGACUCCUAUUUCUUAGUUCGUAUUGAUGGAAAACAAAAGUAUUUACAUAAAAGUACAGCCAUUUGGUAUCUCACAGAUAAAAAAUAUACAUUAUCGUCUGAUCGAUUAACUCGUGUAAUGGCAAAAUAA